AAUCAAUCAAUCAAUCAAUCUUCAACUUCUUCCACUUCCACCACUACCAAACAAUCAAAAUGAAGCUCUCCUUCCUCGCCGCCAUCACCCUCUUCGGUGCUGCCAUUGCCACCCCCGUCGCCGGCGGCAAGGAGCAGAAGCCCGCCAUCAAGGAGGGCCAGCCCUGCAAGCAGGACGGCAGCAUGGGUAACUGCGAGACCAACUACUGCGAGGCCAAGGGCGACGCCGAGGGCACCUGCAAGCCCGCUCCCAAAUAAAUCACUGGGCUGAUGUCCACCACCUGCGGACCGAGAUCGACCGAUCGAUCGUUUGAACGAAUUGAUUGAGGCUGGCUCGGUCUGGGGCUUUGUUUCAUUGGCGUGUAUUUUAGGACUGGCUGCCUGGGUUAUUGGAU